GUGAUAAGAGAAUAAAUAGGAGGAGAUUUUGAUAAGUUUUUUUGUUCCUAUUGUGUAUAAAAAGAUGUUUGGAAUGCAAUGUUAUCAAGGAUAACAACCUUUAUCAAUGUAAUGUUACAUUGAAGGAAGGAAAAAGGAUCAAAAAGAAACGCCCCCGGGUGGGCUCGAACCACCAACCUUUCGGUUAACAGCCGAACGCGCUGCCCAUUGCGCCACGGAGGCAGUUGAAAGCGCUUUCAAAAUGCUAGCAAGUCAAUUCAAUCUUCUUCUUCAAUUCCAGUGAUCAUAUCAUGUUGAUCAUAGCCUCAAAUAAUUCAUGUGCUUCAUUUGAUUCAUGUGUUUCUUCAAAACACAAUUAUUCAUUAUCAAUUAAUACUUCCUAACUUCAAAAACUAAAAAUGUCUGUGUGGAAAAAAGCGGCGAAAGCCAACCAGAAAACUCAUCGUGAGCGUCAUCAACCUGAACUCCGUAAACACCUCGGUCUCCUCGAAAAGAAGAAAGAUUACGUUCAACGUGCUACAGACUUCAACACCAAGAAAACCACCCUCAAAGUCCUCCGAAAACGCGCGCUCAACAAAAACCCCGAUGAAUUCUAUCAUCACAUGAUAAACUCACAAAUCACCGAUGGUAAACACAUAGAAAAAGAAGACUCUGAAGAUGAAGACACCCCAGAUCAACUGAAAUUCAAGCGAUCUGAAGAUUUAAAGUACAUCAGGUUCAAACGCACCCAAGAACUGAAGAAAAUAGAAAGGAUGCAAGCUGAAUUACAUAUGACAAAUGUAUUAAAUGGACAUUUAAACAAAAGAAUUGUUUUUCCUAAGAAUUUAGAAGGUGAAGAUCAAGGAGAUGAGAAAAACUUAAACAAAAUGAAUGCAUUGGCAAGUAAAGAGCUACCAGAUGUGGAUUUGCAUAAAUUGGAACAAGCAGCAAAGAAGAAAAGAAGUGUUUACAGGGAAUUAGGUAAAAGAGUUGAGCGAGAAAGAGAAUUAGCUGUGAUUCAGCAAAAAUUAGAAGUUGCUAGGCGAGUAGAAAGUGGUAAACACUUAUUGAAACCUAAAAAGGUUAAAAAAGGUACAAAGGAAUCAGCGCCAGUUUAUAAAUUUCAAUAUGAGAGGAAAAAGUAAUUUUAUAAACUUUUACUUUGCAUUAAAUAAAUUAAUAAGACAUAAA